AUGGGCAAUCUAGGCAAUCUUACCGCCCCCGGCAAGGCAGAACGGUCCUCCGAGCCCGCUGCCACAUCUGUCAACACCUCUGCCUAUACCCAAUCCCUGCUUGAUACUUUGAUCUCUUCAUUCGAUAAUCAUCUGCUUGACUCCGACCUUUCGAUUCACUCGUACAACAGUCAGUUGCAAUCAGCCAACAGCAUGGCCGACCGUUUCCCUUCCCUGGAGGACUUCUCUGAAGGCCAGACCGAAGUGGCCGAAGCCCCCACUGCCACCGAUGACGACUUCCUUGCCCGUGAACGCGCCGCCCUCGGAGAGGACGCCGACCAAUUCGCUACUGCCCAAGACCACGUGGGCGAGGAUGUAGGCGGCGACGACCUGCUCGGAGGAGGCGAGCCCGUUGAGGAGAUUGGCCAAUUCGAAUCAUCUUUCCCUUCCGUUGAGACCCAGAACCAGAACGAGCGCGUGGCUCCCGGCGGCACAAUCACUGGUACCGGAUCACCUUUCCCCCGUACCGGAUACUCAAACCCCCAAGAGCCUGAAGAUGAAGGCGACGCUGUUCGUGAAUGGCGCGAGAAGCGCGAUGCUGAAAUCACUCGCCGCGCACAGGUUUCUGCUGAGAAGAAGGAGGCAACCGUCAACAAGGCCCGGGAGGAUAUCGAUGACUUCUACGUUUCAUACAACAACAAGGCGGACAAGAACCGCUCGCACGCUCGUACCGAAGCCGAACAAUUCCUCGAGAACCGUGAGGAUACGUCCGCAGGUGGAACUAGCUGGGAGCGCAUUGCUAAGCUGGUUGACGUUUCGGGCAAGGGCUCCGCGGGCGGUGCCAGCGGCUCUGGUAAGGAGCGCUUCCGUGAGCUGCUGCUCGACCUUCGAAAGGAUCAGGAGGCUCCUGGCUCCACUGGCAUCUAA